UAUCAGGGUAGUUUUGACUUUUGAUAUUGAGCCCACUGCCUCAUUUGCAUAAGAAGUCUGGGGCCAACCUGAACCGUUUCCCUUCUCUCUCUCUUUCAUUCUUGUUGCUUUCUGGUUGCAUUUUUUUUCCUGUUUUAUGCUCUUAUCAUCCGAGAGUGCUAUAACUAGAAAGAAUAGAAAUAAAAAUAUUGUGGUGAUUAAAGGCGUUUUCUGAGAUUAGGAAUGAGUGUAGUUAGGACUCAAGGAAGCUGCCUGGCGAUCCGCUCUCUCUCUACUUCUUCCAUCAAUCGUUGCCCUCACGGCUCUGCUUCUUCAGAUGCUGCUACAUGUGGGACGCCUACUUGGAUUGGUAAGGGCCUUACUUGUGUUUGUUUCAAGCGAAAGGAAGCUUAUGAACGGAUCUACAUUAACUUGACACCCCAACAGCAAGAAAGAUUGAAGAGGUUGAAGCACCGUAUGAAGGUUUACUUUGAUGGUUCUAGGCCAGAUCACCAGGAAGCGCUGAGAGCAUUAUGGUCUGCUACGUACCCUGGACAGGAGCUCCAUGGCUUGAUAUCUGAUCAGUGGAAAGAAAUGGGAUGGCAAGGAAGGGAUCCAUCUACUGAUUUCAGAGGUGCUGGAUUCAUUUCUUUGGAGAACCUGUUAUUCUUUGCCAAGACAUUCUCGACAUCAUUUCAACGUUUAUUACAAAAGCAGGGAGGAAAGCGAGCUGCAUGGGAGUAUCCCUUUGCUGUUGCUGGUGUAAAUAUUACAUUUAUGAUCAUGCAAAUGCUAGACCUUGAUGCCUCGAAGCCGAGGACGUUUAUCAGAUCAGUUUUCUUACAGAUGUUAUCAGAAAAUGAAUGGGCCUUUGACUUGCUUUACUGUGUGGCUUUCGUGGUUAUGGACAAGCAAUGGCUGGAGAGAAAUGCCACAUAUAUGGAGUUCAAUGAUGUUUUGAAAUCAACUCGGACUCAGCUGGAGAGAGAACUUCUAAAGGAUGAUGUCCUACGGAUUGAAGACAUGCCUUCUUAUAGCCUUCUCUGUUAGCAAUAACCCAAACACCAUUUCAGUCCCAUGAUAUAUUUAUUUUUAACUUUAAAGUUGUACAAUCCCUCGUCUGUUCCUCUUUUUCUCGUAAAUGGAUCCAUAAACUCAUCAUUUUGAUACUUGUUUCUUCUUUGAUGGAUUCCACCACUCCAACCCACUAGAAAUUCAAAAGGUAGUCAAGGGUCUAUAGUUGUAACUCUUACCUAUAACUCUGCCUUGUGAAGUUAAAAAUUAUAUAAUCAAUGUAUCAAAAACGAAAUUAUAUAUUAUUAUGCUAUAUAUUAACGGUAGAUUUCUAAAUUGCACAAUUGAAUCAAAUUUAUAAGAUUGACAUA